UGUCAUCAUUCACAAGUGUUGGAAGGCCGCAAUGUUGUGAAUUUUUUAUUUUGAUUUUAUUAUUUCUAUUUACAUUCUUUUUUUCUCUGUUUUAUUAAUAACAGCAAAUUCGUGACUAACAGUAAAAUUUACUUUAGAUCAUCGCUUUCAGAACUUUAUUGACUUAUAUCCUUAGUAAUAGAAAAUAUGUGUCGCGCAUAACGGAAGCAUUUUUUCCAAACAUUCUUUUUCCAUAAAUGUAUAACGUAACGCUAGUUUCGUGAUGUUUUUACUAAUUGGCCCCGGUUAAUGUCAGAGGAUGCCUUUCAAGUUGAAGUUGAAGAAGACGCGACAAUAUAACGUUGCAUCUAAAAGUUUGUUUGUAAUAAGUGUUGAGCUACUCGAUGGGGGUGUUGCAGAUUGUACCCUGUCUGUGGACAGCACAGGACAAGAGUGUCUGGACAACGUGUGCCAAAGACAGGCAAUAAAUCAGCCAGAAUUCUUUGGUUUGCGUUACGUAAACCGCAGUCAGCAGCCGCGAUGGGUUCAACUAGACAGGCCUCUCAAGCGGCAGCUAGAGAAGUACUCCUCGGCCCACCAGCUUUACUUGCGUGUCAUGUACUAUGUGAUAUCUGGUACAAGCCUUAUAACCGAUGAAGUAACAAGGUACCAUUACUUCUUACAAUUGAAAAAUGACCUAGUAGAGGGCAGGAUCAUUUGUGAUUGUCAGCAAGCAGUGGUUUUGGCGUCUUAUAGCAGACAAGCUGAAUAUGGGAAUCAUGACCGUGAAAGGCAUACUGUGGAAUAUUUAAAGAAUUUGCUCACAUUUCCUAAGCAAAUGUUAGAAAAUGGCCAGAUUAUAGACAGUAGUAGUUUAGCAGAAACAGGUCGUCUGGAGUGGUUAACUGCUGCUGUAAUACAACAUCAUAUGUCUUUACAUAAUAUGCCACAGGCUCAGGCAGAAGAAGGGUUCAUAACAACAUGCCAGCAAUUACGAGGAUAUGGACAAGAAAUGUUUGUUGCCAAGGACCAGCGGGACCAGAGUGAAGUGACUAUCGCCAUUUCACUCACUGGAAUAAGAGUACUAACGGAUACCAGUGAUACGCCACACUUUUAUAGGUGGAUGGACAUCACCAAUGUGAUAAACCACAAACGCACAUUUAGUAUAGAGUGCCAGAAGCAAGGCGAGUCCGCCUCAUUCGCCUUACCAUCACCAGAGGAUGGAAAGUACGUGUGGCGUAUGUGCGUACACCAACAUACGUUCUACAUGCGACACCAAGCUGCCCUCAGUGCUCCCAGAGACGAGCACCGACCUAAGUUUCAGGAGCAUGGUCUGUCGGAGAGUCGUGAAGAGUUGGAUGUGCGAGAGGUGGGCAGUACGUCCCACCUUGAACCGCUGAGCGCCGCACAUCGGGCUCACUCUACAUCGUGUCUUGAACUCGCUGAGAAUCGUCCGCAGCCCAGGAACAGGGCUUUGUUACCAUCUUACCGUCCCGCACCGGACUAUGAGACAGCCGUACAACAAAAGUAUCAACAACAACGAGCCGAGGCUCAGCUCCGAUACCAGAACCACCACACCCACUCCCAACUCCUCAGCACCAGCGCCCAGCCUUUGGUUUAUGGCUCCCAUCCCGACAUUCAUAGAGUCCACUAUCCUGACGUGACACGACACACGGGACCCGUCAAUCCGCCACCCGCGGAAGAUUAUGCUUACGGCAUAAAAUAUCUCGCCAAUUACCCCAUCGCCCUCAAUCCUAACGUACAAGCAGACCACGCUCUGCACUAUGUCAAUGUCUACAAACCACCUCCUCCUUACCCUUCCAACGGCUUAGCGUCAAACUCUACCCCUGACCUAGCCGUCGCCAGCCAAGCCCUGAACUACCACCGGGGAUACAUCAACUCCCACGUGUCUGGCUCUAGUCCCGAUCUAGUCUCCACGAGAACAGCCCUCAAUAGGCAGUAUCUCGGAUACGUUAAUCCCGGACACGUCCUCGGCUACGGCCGCCCGAACAUACUUCCAGCCACACACGGGACCUACAACAACCUUCCUUCGGUUUUAGACCCCAAUCCUCACAUCAUAAUGGACCCACACCACAUCUCCGAUAACAUACAGAAGGUAUACGACGAGAGAGGCAACAUAAUGUACUCCAUGCCUAUGAGACGGAUAUCCUAUCAGACGCAUCUGGUCUUACCGCACAAACACAGCGAAACACAAGAACCGAUAUAUGAAAACGUGCCUCUGCCGUGGCAGAGCGAACAAAAGAUCCGCGAACGAGCACAAAGCUUAACCACAACAGAUGAAAUCAGCCGUUUAAACGAGAAAAACAGCAGUCACCCUGCGAUAAAUAACUACAACAACGUCAACUUAACACCCAAAAUUGACGACAGCCAUUAUGUUAACGCACAUAUCAUUAAAGGUGUGCGAGAAUCGAGUCUGCCCAAAGAUCUGAAUGUCUCCAGUCCAUCGAUUAACAAAGACAUCGAUAACGCUAUAAAUAUUGAUAAGUUGUCGAUAAAAACAGAUGAAAAGGAUUAUGACGAGACACCUUAUCAGAGUCUGUCGACGCAUAAAAUAUCGAAUAACAACACGAUUAGCAAAUCGGUGGAUAACAUUACAUCGAUAAGUAUCCCUGAUAUCAGAGUUGAUACAUCGCAAACGGACAGUGCUCUAUCGAGUUCGGUGAUGAACUCGACUUACAGCACUAGUGUCGAGCUGGACGGCAGUAAGAAUAGUAAUAAAGAAAAGAAGAGACGAAGGUGGGGAAUGUUUAUGGGGCGUGGGAAUAAAGCAGAAGUAAAGAGCGCUACGCUGGGUCGGGAUAGGGCUAAAACGGGCCAGCAGGCAAACAAACAUCGCUGGUCCACUGGCCUACCGAAAACUCAACCGUUGCCACCGGGUAUUACCAAAGAAACAUUGUGCCAAUUGCUAGAACGUAAAAUGUGUGAUGAUCAGUUAUCGUUCGCGUUCGAACAAAUACCUAAAGGCCGUGAGGUGCAGGGAGAAUAUAAGACGGCGUUGUUAGCGCAAUACGCGUCUUAUAAUAACGGGGACUCCUUGCCCUACGAAGAUAACAGAGUGCGACUACAUCCCACAGCUGAAAACCCACACGGGUAUAUCAACGCUUCCCAUGUUACUAUGACAGUUGGUAACUCCCAGCGAUUCUACGUAGUAGCUCAAUCCGGAGGCUCGGAACAGGCUGCACUCGUAUGGGAGUGUGUGUGGCAAGUUGGGGCUCGUCUCCUUGCCAAUGUCGAUGUGGACUCACCGCAGUACCUACCGCCUGAACAUCACUCCAAGGAUUAUGGACAGUUCCAAGUAUCGUGUGGCAAAUGGUCCCGUGCCGAAUGGGGCGGUUCAGUACGUGUGCGCGUACGUCGCGGCGCACGAGCUCGUCACUUGUGGCACGUGCAGUACUCGCGCUGGCCGCAGCACGCGCCUAAUACUGAUGUCGCUGGCUUUAUUCAAUUCCUCUCCGAGCUAAAUGGGCUACGGUUAGCGUGCGAAGCAGAAUCGACUGCAGAUGCAGCUGUGACGUCACGCAACGCGCCUCUCGUGGUGACGUGCGCACGCGCCGCUGGACGCAGCGGAGUGGCACUUGCGUCAGAUUUAUUGCUACACGUGCUUGACACAAAUCAGGAAUUAGACAUAUCGAGAACGAUAAGCGUAUUGCACCAACAGCGUGCCAACCUCAUAGAGAACGUCCACCAAUACAGAUUCCUGCAUCAAGUACUCUUAAUGUAUCUCAAACAGUCUCGCCUCAUAUAAAACGUUUCAGAAAGCCAAGUAAGGGCGAAUUUGUUCAAAGGGCGCCGUCUAGUGAAUCUUCAUACCAUGUUUGUAUAGAUUAUCUGUUAAAUGUGGGCGCUUGUGCUGCUUGCAUUUUAUCUAAUUUAAAAUCAGUAUUUGUAUAAACAAAGAAAUUCUUUCUAUUUUGUAUAAAAUAAAAAUGAAUUUUCUAUUUAAUAAUCAAAUGAAAUUAUUACACAUUAUAAGUAUAUUUGCUCAUGAUUAAGCCAUAAUUGAUUAGGUCAUAUUGAAAAUAAUUUAGGACUGACAUGACGCUGCCAUCUUCGUCUAGUUUGUAUAUUUUUGUAAACCUAUAUGUGCUAUUUAAGUGAAACUCUUUCAUAAUUUUUCUAAUUAAAUUCACAUCUUGUAUACAGCCAUAUUUUAACUAACACUAGAACUUUAAUUUCAACUGAACACAAAAAAUCUACUCAAAAAGCUCACUAGAAUAUUUUAAGGGCUGCAAAGUAAAUUAGGUAGAUACAGGGUUUUAUAAUUUUACGUAUACGUGCGUUCUAUACCUAGGAACAUCCCUUUAGCCUCUAAGUGAAACUACGUGCCUUAAAUCGGAGAUUAUUCGCGAUCUGAUAUCGUCCUAUGUGCCUUUCUAAUUGUAUUAUUAAUAUUUAUAAACUGUGCAUCAUUUGAUUUUUAUUUAACAUUUAAAUAUAAUUAAAACUGUUUUUGUCAUUUGUAUGUAAUUUUUCGUAUUUUAGUUUGUGUUGUCGUGAGAAUCAUUUUUAUAUUUAGAUAUAUUAACCUAUCAGUAUUCCGAAAAAUAACUUAUUAAUUUAUAGUAUAGUUAACAUUGUAUAUUUCUUAUUAAUUUGUGUUCAAAUGUAUUUUUAUUAUCUAGUCCGAGGGCAGCUAACUGUUAAGGCCAUUGAAUUGAGCUUUCAGUUACCGUGAGGUGUCAUUAUUAUUUAUUUAACAAUUUCUAAAUAAAAUGAAUAGUGAUACAUUUUAAUAUACUACUGCACAAAUUUACUUACAACAAUAAAAGAUAGUAAAUGUAUGAAAGUCUACUCUAUUGAAGUGUUAAAUUUUUCAUAAAUUUCGUUACUAGUCAAUAAGAACUUCACAAAAAAUCCAUCUAAACAUUGCUAUAUGCAUUUACACAAACUGAA